ACACACAUACAUAUAUAUAUAAUAAUCAUGUAUAAUAAUAAUAAUAAUGAUUCAAUAUCAUCUGAUUCUGAUAUUGAUCAUCAUCUUCAUCGUGAUCAGAUUGGUCCCCAUACAAAACCAGUUAGGUUAUAUGGUCGUGGAAGGUCUCUUCAUGCCACCUUUGGAGGAGGAAAAGUUGCUGAUGUGUUGUUAUGGAGGAACAAGAAAGUAUCUGGUGCAAUAUUAGCUGGGUUAACAAUUAUAUGGUUUCUUUUCGAAGUAGCUGAGUUCCAUUUAGUUACUCUUCUCUCUUAUAUUCUUCUUUUCACAAUGGUAACCAUAUGCCUUUGGUUUCGAGCAGCAUGGCUAUUCAAUAGGAAUCCACCACAUUUUGAUGAAUUUACUCUGCCAGAAUCAACAUGUAGAUCUUUCUUUAGAAAUGUGAAUUGGGUUUUAAUGAAAUUUUAUGACAUUUCAAGUGGAAGAGAUAUUCGACUCUUUUUUCUGGCAAUAUUAACUCUUUGGAUGUUGUCAAUUAUUGGGAAUUAUGUGGACACUUUGAAUCUUUUCUACAUUGUGGUGUUGUGCUUCGAAACACUUCCAGGUUUGUAUGAACGACAUCGAAAUGAAGUGGAUAAUCUUGCUGCAAAACUCUAUCGAGACUCCCAAAAAUUGUACAUCAAAUUUGAACACAAUGUUCUCAACAAAAUUCCAAGAGGACCAGCCAAACAAAACAAAUAUUAUUGAUUAGAAUCAAAUUAAUUAAUAUAAUUUAAGUUGUUAAUAAUGAGAAAAUGUAUUGAAAAAUAUGUAAUUAUAUAUCAAUGUAAUAUGAAUUGUGCAAUUCACUCUAUCUAUUUUUUUCA